GGGGCCAGAUAGAUGAUGAGAGAUAGGCAUACAGGCCCUCAAUUUCACAACCUAUGACGCUGUCUGUCUAUCAAACAAGCCCUCAUCUCAUCUCCCCCAACACAACACAAACCUUAACAAAACCAAACUAAACUAAAACAAGCCCCAAUAUCUUCCUCAAACAUAUACAUACAUAAAGUUUCAAACACACAAUUUUAUAUCAUUCUCAACCUUCCUCAAUUUCUAUCUCUUCAUCUCUGUCUUGAUAUCAAAUAUGUUUUAGAUCAAUUAGUAUUGUUAUUGAAAUAAGCAAACCCUAGAUCUUGAUCAAUCAGCCGCCAUGUUGGGUGGUUCACAAUCAGAGAUAACACCUCAACAAUUACAACAUGAAGAAGCUCUCAAACGCAACACGGACUGUGUUUACUUUCUUGCUUCUCCAUUGACAUGCAAAAAGGGAAUUGAAUGCGAGUAUCGUCAUAGUGACAUUGCACGUCUUAACCCCCGGGAUUGCUGGUAUUGGCUAAAUGGCAGUUGCUUGAACCCAAAGUGUGCUUUCCGACAUCCGCCUCUAGAUGGAUUACUUGAAGUGACGACUCCUUCUGUAAAUUCUUUACCUCCAUCCCAGACUUUAGCACCAGUUGCAUCGCAGGGUCCUAAUGUCCCUGGCAAACAAGCAGUUCCCUGCAUUUUUUUCCAGAAAGGCUACUGUCUGAAAGGUGAUAUAUGCCCCUUUAUGCAUUACCCCUACUCUCUCAACAGCAAAGCUACCCAGUCUGCAGGAGCUACACCAGUGUCUGAACCUCAAACUAAUAAAAUAACUUCUGGUGGUCUUGGAAAGCAUACUACUCAGGAGCAGAAGGUUUCACAGGCAAAUGCCUUUAAAUCGGCUGAUUUACCAUCAAUGAUGAAUCCAACUGCUAUAGCGGGAAAGGCUCUGUUGAGAAAUGAAAUUCCAGUUGGCAGAAAUGAACCGAUUGGUGCUGGGUUGGAGGGUGAGCUUCCUCGGUACAGUCGAGGAAAUGUUCAUUCCUCCAGCAAUGGAAACUUGGUUAGCAGGUCACACCGUAGUAGUCAGGUUCAUACGCUACAGGAUCAAAGUAUUUUAAAUGCCAAAGAUGCUGACGAGGUCUCGAGGGAGCCUUCACCUGGGUUUGAUGUUCUUGUGGAUGAUGAAAUUAGAGAUUCUGAAUAUUAUCCUGACGAAGAUCAAUAUGGAAGAACAGGGCAUGAUGGAAUGAAUUUCACCGCAGCUAAUGAGUAUGAUAUCGGACGUUCUGCUGAUUAUGGUUCCGUGGGUGGUGUGGACCGAGAUAUGUAUCAUGAUUCGCGUAAUUAUGACUCUUUUGAGCCCCUGCAAGGGCAAUAUGACUCAUCUGAGAGAAUGGUAAGAGGACCUGCUCAAUUAGAAAGGAGGCGAUACCCUAGAGCUGAUAGCCCAGGCCGAAUUGAUGGGUCAGACUUGCGUCAUCAUUUAUCAAAGCAGAAGAGGAAUAAUGGUUUAAAAUCAGUUAUCAGUCGAAAUCCUUCUCGUGAAAACCAUUCUGAUGACCGGAGCUCACGAGCUUCUAGAAGGGACCAAUUACCUGUGCAUGAGGCCAGCAGUCGACUUCGAGGGAGAAUUAAAAUUCCAGGUAGAUCAGUAUCUCCUAUUAAUAGAAUCGAUCCUCGUUCAGAGAGAGAAAAUGACAGGUCUAGGCAUCUUAGGAGAUUAUCCCCGCAAAGGCCUCUGGGAAGGCUUAGGGACAGAAUAAAGGGAAGAGUUCAGGAGGAUUUUGAUGAUCGGAGGAACUUCAGAGGGUCUAGCACAAGAAGAGAUAUAAUAUUUGACAAUAAUGCUGAAUUUAGUGGUCCUAAAAGCCUAUCAGAGCUAAAGGUUCGCAAGACUUCAGAGAGUUCUGGACAGCACAUGAAUGAUAGACUGUUGCAUGGGAAAAGAAAAUAUUCCCCAACGGAAGAAGUCAAACAGGGGGAAGGAGAUGUCUCAUUUGAUGGGCCAAAGCCCUUGAGUGAAAUUUUAAAGCGAAAAAGAGGUGGGGAUAGUGCUUUUCAUGAAAGUGGAUUCACAACUGAUAAAGAAAAUAAUCAGAAGGAAGGAAAUGAAAGCAUGAAUUUUGCACUUUCUUCUGAAGCCAAUAAUAAAGUGAAUGAGAGUCGUUUAAAUGAAGGAUCAAUACCUGCAGCUGGUGAAGUUGGCGUAGCAGAAGAAAAUAACAAAGCAUACGAGGGGCAGUCUUCUCUACAACCUAAUGACAGUGAGCUACAGAUUGAAGAAGGUAUGAUUGGUGAUGAAGCCUAUGAACAGAGAGGCAACUUUGACUAUGAUGAGCAGGCCGAAGGCGAAGACUUUAUUAAUAUAGAUGAAGGUGAGAAUGCUGAUCCUGGAGAUGACUACUUUGACGAAGAUGAUGAUGCGGAUGACUUUGCAAAGAAAAUGGGUGUCAUGUAUUCAUAGGAGUUGUUACUAAUCUUUCACUCAUUGCUCGGGUGCGUAGUACCUGCUGAUUUUGUUCCGAACACAUACAGCUCAUUAGCAAGGUUUCUGUGUGGACUUUGGUAGUAGGUUGAUUGAAUCUUGGUUUUUCAUGUACCUUUACUUUUUUAGAAUAACUUAUAUUUGUAUUUAAGUUAUAAUUGCUCUGAAUUUUUCAUUCUGAUUGUGGCUUUGGCCAUUUUAUUCAGUCAAAUGAAAAGUUCAUGGCUGUUAUGUUUAGAAAGAUUUAAUAAGAGACAAUUUUCUGUUA